CCCCUAUCGGAUCACACCAGAAGAACUCACCCAGCUGUUUCUAGAGCUUUGAACUCGGCGAUCCUGACGUGGUGGAGGGCCGAUGCAAGCGAGCUUGGUCCGACGAUUGGAGGAACCAGACAUUGAAGUCAUCAACUGCCAUGCCAUCUCGCACGACGAACAGUUCUUGGCGCUGUGUCCCAACUGUGAGGAGAUCGACAUGUUUCAGUUGCUUUCGGAGAAGUACCAGCGAAGUGAUGUGCUUACCAAGCACUCGCAGCGAGUCACAGGAUUGGAUUGGUCCUGUUUCGGGCGCUUGCUCUCUGUCUCGGAGGACCGAACUGCCUUUGUGUGGGAACGAGGAACGAGCGACGGGACAUGGAGGUCUUCCAAUGUCGAGUUGAAGGCUCAGCGUGCUGCGCUGUGCGCCGCCUGGUCUCCGAACGGCGAGCUCUUCGCCGUGGGCCUAUCCUCCAAAGAUACGGCCCUGUGCUACUGGAAAGAAGAGGUGAAUUGCUGGGUCGCCAUGAAAGUGGGGAAAUCCAAAGCUGCCAUCACGUCGUUGGCCUGGCAUUCAUCCUCACAGUUCUUGGCCACCGGAUCGACGGACCGCUACUGCGUGGUCUAUGAUGUGUCGAUGAGCGAGAGUGGUGACCUGACGCCGAGCUUUGGCACUCCGCAGGUCACCGAGGAUGCUGGCUCCUGGAUCAACGACAUUGCGUUCAGCAAUGGCAACGUCUUGGCCUUCACCUGCCAAGAUGCCACGGUCCGCUUCAAGUCACUGGUCGGGGGCGCUGAUGCCCCGGUCGAGAUCGUGAGGUGGCUUGGCCUUCCGUUCCUUCGAUUGGCCUUUGUGGGCCGAACGCAGCUGGUGGCCUGUGGCUUUGACUAUGUCCCUGUGCUCUUCGUGCAAAGGGACGGAGCAUGGCAGGUUGCCGGAAGCUUGGAUGUGGGUGGAGCUCCCAGCGGCGGCCCUGCCGGCGUGGUCCGGGAAUCCUUCGACGAAGCGCGCCAGCGCUUCCGCGGAAGCACUGGCGGCAAGGCAUCCAAGCCAGGGAGUUGGCACAGCAACACGAUCACCUCAUGUUGUCCACUGAAAGACGGGCGCUUCUCGACUUCGGCGCUGGACGGAACUGUCCUCGUGUGGGAAAUGUCUUCGUGACGUGUCGUUCAAUGUCCUGGUCCGCUCGCCCAGCGACAUGUUUGGGAGGACCUGGGGAGUUCUUUUUAAGCGGCUACCCGGUAGGUCCUAGAGAUUUGGGGCAACAUCCGGCAACAUCGAUGUGUUUGUUCGAUUUCUUUGUCCAGACUCGAUGUGUUUGUCGAUGGAAUUGAGCCUUACAACUCGC